AUGCCGGAGGCAGCGAAGCCCAGCACCACGAAAUCGAAGCCGUACCUGCAGCUCAAGUCCAGGACGGAGAAACAGUGCGGACGAAUGUUGGUACCACCAAACCUUCGCCAUCAGCGUGAUACCACCCACCAACAAAUCCGCCUUGAAACCUACCUCAUUCCAACUUCGAGCGGCAAAUGGCGCCACCAUAGAAACCUAUGGGACCAAGGAGCUUACACCAACUGGUCAUUCACUGUAGCUGACGUCAAGACACCCUUGCUCGGUGCCGACUUCUUGGCACAUUACAACCUGGCUGUCCAUAUGAAGGCGAGGACCCUGUCCGACAACACGACAUCCAUCAAGAUCACAGGGAUCCCUUCGAGCUUCAACACAACUAGGAUCAGCGUGGCAACACAGCACGACCCACGCUACGUAGAAAUCCUGCGCCGGUACAAGCACCUCACGCAACCCAUCAAACCAACUGAUGCAGGCGACCAUCAGACCCAACACCAUAUAAAGACCACCGGACAACCAGCUUCUUCACGGCCACGACGACUCCCUCCACACAAAUUAGCAUAUGCCAAAAAAGCGUUUGAGGAGAUGCUGGCUGACAAUAUCAUCCGACCCUCAGACAGCCCAUAUGCUUCACCACUGCAUCUGGCGACUCACUGUCCUUUAUCUUCAUCAACAAAAGGCGAUUCACUGUCCUUUAUCUUCAACCACAAAAGGCGACUCACUGUCCUUUAUUUUCAACCACUAAAGGCGACUCACUGUCCUUUAUCUUCAUCAACAAAAGGCGACUCACUGUCCUUUAUCUUCAACCACAAAAGGCGAUUCACUGUCCUUUAUUUUCAACCACUAAAGGCGACUCACUGUCCUUUAUUUUCAACCACUAAAGGCGACUCACUGUCCUUUAUCUUCAUCAACAAAAGGCGACUCACUGUCCUUUAUCUUCAACCACAAAAGGCGAUUCACUGUCCUUUAUUUUCAACCACUAAAGGCGACUCACUGUCCUUUAUCUUCAUCAACAAAAGGCGACUCACUGUCCUUUAUCUUCAACCACAAAAGGCGACUCACUGUCCUUUAUUUUCAACCACUAAAGGCGACUCACUGUCCUUUAUUUUCAACCACUAA